AUGUCCACAAGGAGGUUCAUACGAAAAAUUUUCUACUAAGGUAACUUAUGCCCAAAGUUUUGAAGUUUGAGAGAAAAAAAAAAACUUUUUUUUACCCAUUUCAUUUCAAAGUUAUAUUUUCAAGGAGCAUAAUUUCAUAAGGAGAUCCAUAUUAUCUUUACAAUGCUAUUUUUGACGCCGCCGAACUACUGAGUCUUUGAAAUUAUCGCAAAGGACUUCUGAGCAAGAUGUACCAGCGUCAAGAAAAAAUCAGAACUUAUAAAGUUGGACUUAAAGGUUGGAAACUCACCAAAAACUGCCUUCAAGGCGAGAAAACUGAAAUUUUCAGGCAACUCAACUGGAGAAGAGCCCGGAAAAGGCUUAUAAGCAUGUUGGCGGGAAGGCUUAUGCGUGAUUCAGGCGCCGUAUUCAGCAACACCGACGAGCACGAAUUUUGACACAUUCAUGAAGGUCGCAAAUAUUUCCGGAGUAUUUUAUUGGACGGGGAAGUAAAUCAAGCCUUUCUCGGUGACGUCAGAAACUAGAACCCCGUUUGGGGGCACAAUGAAACAAAAAUUAAUUCUUUAGUUUUUUUUUUCUUUUUCGUUACUUGAUGAAAUCUUUUAAAAAAGAUAACAUUUUUCGAGAAAGAUUGGUAAAGUCUCAACUUCUACGAAAUCAGCAGCCUUACUGGUUUUUUUUGUUCUGAAUUUUCUUCUGAGGAGUGAAUAACCUCUUAAUUAUUUCUCAUCGAAGACUAAAACCGAUCUGGUUCUUGUUCAGGCUUCCAUCUGGGCCAAUCGGAUCUUUUUUUACUGCCAUUGAUUUGAGGUUUUUGCUUUGCUCACGGCAGCUUGCUACUGACCGAAAAAGAGGCUUGGAAGUGUCAAAAGGACCAGUGUCCGUGGCCGAGGCGGCGCCGCCUGUCAACAUCCGCGGAUUUGGCGACUUCCUGGCGCAGUCGCCGUUUUCCGGCAUGGACAAGGGCCACAGGUUCGCCAUCGUCGCCUCGCUCGUCGCUUUCUGUUGCAGGUUUCUGCCAGUUACGAAACGUUUUUGAUCGAAUUUCUUCUUUCCGUAGUCAUCGUAUAAUUCCUCGAAACUCAGCGUGUGCUUCACUUUGAUUUCGUUGGCGUCCAACUACUGGGCAGAAGCUGACGUUAUCGACAGCAGGAAGUACAGAAUGUCAGGUUACCUCCACACUGGCAUCUUUUUUGGUAUUGAACUUCUGCUAACGGAAAUCUUACUAUUUUCUUUCCUCUAGGCGAACGCGACAUCGACUGGGGCCACGGAGCAAUAAGCACCGAGUUUUCCGGUUUGAGUUUCUUUUUUGCCAAGUCUGAGAUUGCUCUUUUAUUUCAAAAAGUUUAAAAGAAGAUACUUUUCUUGCUCUUUUUUGUUGCUUUUAACCGCUUUUCGAUAUUCGCUAGUGAUGUAAGAUAAUCGAUAUGAAAAAUUGAGACGAGCACUGUGAACUUACUUAGUUAUAAAUUUUAUUCUUAUAAAUUUUGAAUCAAACUUCCAGCUGACAAACCGAGUUUCUUGAUUUCAAAGCUUACAGUGUUUUCUGAGCUGCAAGAUGGGACUUCGUUUUUCUCGCGGACAAUGUGGAUUUUUGCUCUUUUCUUUGUCACUUUGUCCUUCAUCUGGUCGGUUGUCGGCAUCAUCACUUGCAUUUUGUCGCUGACCGCUCUUCGAGAAGAAACUUCCAUUGCCGGACCCAAUGGAAUCUACCUCUGGAGCCUUCUUUCAUGUUCGUUGAAUAAAUUAUAGAAAAAUGAAUGAGAAUUCAGCGAUUUCUUUGGGAGCAUUUCUGGCUUUGUUCUACUCACAGUACCACACUUCUUUGAAAAAUGGGAUGCUCCUCUCUGAGCACAUUGCCGCUGGUUUCACAACCCUAGGACAGUGCAGGUCGUUUCUCUCAUUUUUUUUUCAUUUCUGAAAUUCGAGUUUUCAGCCUUGGCUACGCUUUCUACCUGAUGUUGUGCUCGUUGUGUUGCUUGUACCUGCCACCGCUUGUGAUGGUUCUUUUCACAGAAAAAAUUGGCUCCCGUCGAAAGAACCUCACAAAUUUUGAUCCCACGCUCAUGCUCUACUGA